AUGGGUAACCUGCCGGUUGCCCACAUCGAGCCAGCGAGACCCUUCGCUCGCACAGGAGUGGACUAUGCCGGCCCGUUCUCGAUCAAGGCAUCGGCUGGACAAGGGAUCAAGACUUCGAAGGGGUAUCUUACAGUCUUCGUCUGCAUGUGCACAAAGGCGGUGUAUCUGGAGUUUGUGGGUGACCUGACCAGUGCCUCCUUCCUGGGAGCAUUGCAUCGCUUUGCGGCGCGGAAAACGACGCCUUGCGAAAUAUGGUCGGAUAACGCUACAACAUUUCACUGUGCGGACGCGGAGUUACGAAUCAUGUUCCGCGAGGCCGGUCUGGAAUGGGACCAAGUUACCCGCCACCUGGCCGCCUCUGGAAUUUCCUGGAACUUUAUACCACCUGGUGCGCCACAUUUCGGUGGCUUGUGGGAGGCAGCCGUUAAGUCUGCGAAGUCCCACCUAAAGAAGACUAUCGGGCAGCGCACCCUGACUUUCGAGGAAAUGUCGACUCUGAUUGCAAGGGUUGAGUCUUGUCUGAACUCGCGACCACUGUCACCACUGUCUGGCGAGAUAGACGAUCUUCAAGCACUGACCCCUUGGCAUCUGGUCACCGGAUUUGCCCCAACAGCAAUGCAUGAGCCAGAGUUCGAGCCAAGAGAGAACUUGGACCGAAUGACACAUUGGCGCCUUAUAAAGGGUAUGCGUAACCAGUUCUGGAUGCGAUGGUCACGGGACUACCUGCACACCCUUCAACAACGAACCAAGUGGCGACAGCCGCAGCCAAACAUCGAGGUCGGCGACCUCGUAGUCAUAAUGGACACAUCGCUCAAUCGGCAGGGUCGUUGGCCACUCGGCAGAAUCACCGCCGUUCACCCAGGGGCCGACGGUCAGGUGCGGGUAGCGACAAUCAAAAUGGCUUGCGGCAAUUUUGAUCGUCCCAUAGUCAAGCUGUGCAGACUGCCACCAAGUAUGUAG